GGCAGCGCCGGGCGGCGGCGGCGGGGACCCUGGCUGGGAGCGCGGCGGUGCCAGCGGGAGGCCUAGCGGGGCUCGACAGAGCAGGAUCGAGAUGACCACAGCCACCCCUCUGGGGGAUACCACCUUCUUCUCACUGAACAUGACCACCAGGGGAGAAGACUUUCUGUAUAAGAGUUCUGGAGCCAUUGUUGCUGCCGUUGUGGUGUUUGUCAUCAUCAUCUUCACCGUGGUUCUGAUCCUGCUGAAGAUGUACAACAGGAAAAUGAGGACGAGGCGGGAACUGGAGCCCAAGGGCCCCAAGCCAACCGCCCCUUCUGCCGUGGGCCCAAACAGCAACGGCAGCCAACACCCUGCAACUGUGACCUUCAGUCCUGCUGACGUCCACGUGGAGACGCGAUGACCUCUACCCUGGCGCAAUCUCCACCACCGUCCGAAGAGCCUCUCCAGAGUCGAGACCCAGAGGCACACUCUGGCAGCUUCACAGUGAGCUUCUUCCGGUCAGGUCGACAGAGACAUCUUUGCGCAAUCUCUGAUGCUUCCAGGAAUCCUCAACCUUGUCUGCCCUGCCCUACCCCAACUAUGUCCGCGUCCC